CUUGUUCAGUCGCUGGUCCACUGCCUCGAAGGGCAGAUAUAUUUAACGGAAUUCACUGCCGGGCCCGCUAACCGAGCAGAAGAAGGGGAUAAAAGAGGGUGGGGGGAGAAAACGUCUGAAAGAAACCAUGAGCACUUCGUCGCUUGGGCCCCAUGAGCGCACAGAUGAAAAUUCUACUACGACACAGGUGUCUUCAAUUAACUUCAACGACUACGCCACAUUAAAAAGCGUGGCAGAGAGCAUGCUGGAUGUUACCUUACUCAUGUCUAAUACAACACAAUUGGUUGGAGUUCUCGAACAAGGACCUGAAUUUAAGUACUACAUUCCUCUUAUUGUCCUGAUUAGUGUCUCUCUUAUACUUCAGAUUGUGAUUUUUAUCCUGCUUGUUUUUAGUGCAAAAACCAAUGUGACUGAAAUCGACAACCAGAAAUCAUUGAACAAAUGCAACAAAAUUACCAUUAUCCUUGUGGGGGCCAUUCUUCUUAUAAACGUAGUCAUCACUUCACUUGAUACACAGAAAGUAAAUUCUUGAUGAACACAGGAAUCCAAACUCCUACAUCUUGCAGGUGAACCGAAGGAGCAGCAGAAUCUGCAAGAUUACAGCAGCAUUCCAAAUUAACUCUUCCACAUUGUGUCUGUUGGUUUGUAAUUCACUUUUCAAUAAUAAAUUUUGUAUUUUAAUUUCAUAUGCCCACUUGGCUUAUUAGAUUAAGAUAUACAGCAACUUUACAAGGCAAUGGCCAAUAUACUGUUAAAGCAAAUACUCGUAAUCUUAAGCUUUAUGGUUUAAUGUUAUACCAGCACUGUAUUAAUAUUUAUUAAUGUAAAGGCUUCCAUUGUAAUAGGUACAGAGUUAGUAGAGUUUCAUUGCUUGAAGUUGACAUUUGCUUUGUUCACAUUGAUCAUUUGACACUAGGGGAUGUAUUUUUUUCCAUUCAGCUUGUUUACUGUUAACAAUUUUUGCUUAUGUUAUUGAGAAG